AUGGCCGUUUCUUUUUCUCGACUCUCAAUGAGUGACAGCUCGUCAGAGAACGAUGAGUCUGACCGACUUAUGGAGAAAGGCGGUUCGGUAGAAUCACUCUUGCCGCCUACAAGAAAUAAUGUGGCAAAGGUCUUUACCUGGGGAAGAUUAUACUCUCUCGUGCUUCACAUAUUAUGUGUUGGCUUGAUAGUUGCGCUUUGGAUGAGCCGUCAACAAAGCUCUUACUCUGCUGCUCGUCGCGGACGUAGUUGGUCUCCUGCUGCGAAACAUGUUGAAUACGAAGUCAAUGAAGACCAUCCUAUGGACUAUCACGGUGUUAACAAGUACGCUGGUCCUCCAAACAAAGCUCAAGACGCAGCGUGGGACGCCUUGAUUAGACCCGUCUAUUUCAACGCAAGUGUCGAAGAACUAGAAAGGGCGGGAGAGUCAUUCGAUAACAUUGCCGAGUUGACUGGUGGCGGCUAUCCCGCCAGCCUCGGCGCCUAUCACCAGCUGCACUGCGUGAGACAGCUGCGCUUCUGGAUUUACCGCGAUUACUACUAUCUCAACCUUACCAAGGCAGAGGAUGAAUACCUCCACACCCAUCUCGAUCACUGCACAGAAACUCUACGAUUGGCCAUCAUGUGCCACGGUGAUACAGGAAUGUACUCGUUCUCUUGGAUGGACCCCAAAGCACCCAAGCCGAUGGCGCAGACAAGCUCAAAGUUGGCCUGUGUAAAAUGGAGCUCAAUUGAAGACUAUGCCCGUAGUAGAAUGAUUCCAACACAUCCUUCUCUAAUCCACCCAUAA